CUAACGACGCCAUACGGUCGACUGUGUCACAAUCAGUUGAGGUUAACUUUUCAUUUUCUAAAGAUUUGUUUACGUUGCAAGCUGAAUCAUUCAUUGAUAAAACGAUAUUAACAAAGUAUGGCGUCCAAAGUUACUUUUAAAAUAACUCUCACCUCUGAUCCAAAACUGCCAUUUAAAGUACUUAGCGUGCCAGAUAAUACGCCUUUUACCGCUGUAUUGAAAUAUGCUGCAGAAGAAUUUAAAGUGUCGCCAGCCACGUCCGCGAUUAUUACGGAUGAUGGAAUAGGUAUCAAUCCACAGCAAACGGCAGGGAACGUUUUUCUCAAACACGGAUCCGAACUUAGAUUAAUUCCCAGAGACCGAGUUGGAUACGGUAGAUGAUUUACGGAAGUUGUUAAAAAAAAAAAUGCAUUUAAUUCUUAAACUGUAUAUCUGUGUAUAAAUUAUUCCCUAAGAUAUUAUAGUUUUCAUUAAUAAGUAUAACGACGCUGCUACUUUAUCGUGUAAAAUUUGUUACUCAUUACGGUUGAUGAAAUUAAUUAAAAAAAUAAUUUAAAAAUUUUAUAAAUCGUUCUUACCGGACCAUGGAGAUUAUCAUUAAAUGGCUCAGAAUUUUUCUCGAUGUUUUCACUACACAGGGUGUAAAAAUUUUAGUGGGAGAUUCUGGAGGCCAAAAUGAAACGAAAAUCAAGAAUAUCAAUUCCUUGACUGUGGCUUCGUUGAAA